CCAUUUGGACCUCAAUAAAAUAUAAUAUCUUAAUUAAUAGAGAAUGGAUCAAUGCCAUUAUUUCAACUUUACCUCCACCACCAAAGCCAAUUGGUUGGUGUGUAAAUCCGCCAGCCGGUGCUGGUAAUGCACUCCAAGUCUCUCUUCGAGCUUACGGGUUUGGUCGCCAUUUUGCCACACGUGGAGGGAGGGGAAGGGGUAAUGGAAGAAGAUAUAGUGGUGGCGGAAACGAUGAUAAUGGUGGAGGGAAUACUUGGGAUUAUGAUGGUGGAGAUUAUGGUGGUGGUGGAUGUGAUAGUGGUUGGGGUGGAGGUUUUGAUAGUGGUGGCGGUGGAUGUGAUAGUGGUGGAGGUGGUUGUGAUAGCGGUGGUGGCGGUGGCUGUGAUAGCGGUGGUGGCGGUGGCUGUGAUAGCGGUGGUGGCGGUGGUGGUGGAGAUUGAUGAAUAUUAUCAUUUGAGACGAGAUAAAACAUUUACAAAAGUGUUGAUAUUUAACUUCCAAAAAUUUGAAAAUUAA